GCGAAGUCGACUAUUAUGUUCCAUUGAAUUUACAGCACUGAAGACCAAAGUUGAUUUUGUGAACGGGCUACCAAAGCUAACAAUCGUUUCAACACGCUGGUGAAGUUCCCACGUAUUUCCAGAAUAUAAUCUCACUUCCCCGGAUAGCAGAGGUCACGCUAAGUUCUAGUUUUGGCUAGAAGGAAUACAACCACAACUUCGACAAAAAAACAGUGUUAGUUAGUGCGGGGCGUGAACUUGACAACGACGGUUGGCACUUUGCCCAAGGGAUAAGGAUAAGACAACCGAGACACGAGAAAACGAGAUCGAGUCGGUUCGGUUUCAAGUUCAGCUAAAAUGGAGUGGCUUUCGUUUUUGUUGUUGAUCCAGUUCACCAUAUCGGUUACUAACUCAAAAAAAUGUGAUUUAGCCGAAGAAUUCACGACCGAGUCUUUGGCCAAUGGCGCCAAUGAUGUCAUCGUGGUUCAGCAAUCGGACGGAUCGUACAAAUCGACUCCAUUCAGUGUCCAAAUCGGCAAAUUUGCCACCUGGCAAACGUUUUUCAAAUCCCGUCAAGGUCGCUUGGUCGAUAUCGAAAUCAACGGCGUUCAAGCUCCCGUUAAAAUGGCCAUCUUAGAUUCCGGUGCAGCUUGUUUCACGAGGCAAAACAAUCAAUUCGAUUUCUCCAGCGAAGAGUUUCUCACUUUCAAUCUGCGACCCGGUCGUAACAUGGGAAUGUACCGGGCCCCUUCACUGGGGGUUGAAAUUCCUUUUGACGUCUAUCUGUACUCUCAAACUGACCAGUUUGUGGUCACGGACGUUGACGGUACCAUAACUUCCAGUAACACUAAAGGCCACGUGCUCCCAAGGAUAGGUUUUAAUGCGGAUCACGACAGCGUCGUGGAGCUAUUGGAUAAAGUGGACAAAACCAACCGGCACGUUAUCUACCUCACUGCCAGACCCAUGGCCAUGGACACGGACACCCGUGAAUAUCUUUUUGAGACGCUUCAGUAUUCCGAGGGUCAAUACUCCCUGCCUUACGGGCCACUUUUUCUGAAUCCUAAGCCAACUUCAGAGGCCUUGGUGGAGGCGGUCACGGGGCCGCAAGUGCAGAAAAUUCUUACAUUGCGAUACAUUAUCAGCCUCUUCGAAAGUGGUCCUUCGGUUGUAAACGGCGCCUAUGGUAAUACCCCUAAUGACCGGGAGGCCUACAUAGUCACGGGUAUUGACCCGGGCAAAGUUUUCACCGUUAAUGAGGCGGGCACCCUAACGCGAGCUUCGGACGGUGCGGAGACUUCGUACCAAGGCCAAUCUGAUAUCAUAACUGAGUUAUACCCCAGUGUAUGAAUGGCAGAAUUGGGGCCAGCGUCUCGUGAAUAAAACCUCAAACGUA